UUGCGCAUUUUAUUGCAACCAAAUUGGGUUAAAAUGCUCAUAUUAUUAAUAUUAAUUUUCGCAUCUUCCGUGAGUCUUUCGGACGUUAAGUUCUGUGCGAAUCUUCAUCCAGUUGAGGAUUUCGACGAAGAAGCUAUUUUGGGGUUGUGGUACAUAAAAGAGUAUGUUUACCAUAAUGAUAACGGAACUAAAACUGAAUAUAAUCCGUACUGUCCCACGGUGCAAAUAAGAAAAUUUGAGGACUAUGUUAGUGGUGGUCUUUUAAACCAUAAUCUUCCUACUCCUCCGACACCGUACCAGCAGAUGACAAAUUCUCCGUACCAAUUAGCAAGCAGACCAUACAAUUCUCCGGAACCGUAUAGAAUUAGACACUUUGUUUUAGAAUGGCAUGAAGGACUAUGGAAAGAUGAUUAUCAUAUUAAAGUGAACACUUCCCAUAAAGGGUUUUGGCCUACGGAUGUCCCCUAUGGAUCUGUGGACAAAAUGUAUCGUUUCUUCGGUGGUGUGAUCCAAGUUUUAAAAGUGUCUCACAACCAUUUGGUGCUCAACUUCUGCAUGAGGUUGCCCCAUUCUCAACUGUACAGCGUUGUACUCGCGAGGAACGAGAACCAAUUAACACCGGGAGAUCUUACCAGCAUCCAUAAUAUAUUUUCCAUAAAGAACCUGUCAACUUCCUCUCUCAAACGAGUCUGUGAAAGUUCAGCUGUCAGCUUUAAACUCUCCGGUUCACUGAUUUUAUGUUUCUUACUGAUAUUUUCAAAAUUACGUUUGUGA